UCGAUUUGCGUUUCGCUGCGAUGUAAGCAAUCAGAGCGGUUUGUGCGCGUUGAGUGCGUCUCGGCCGGAAUUUUCUUCACAAUAUCGACAAAUGAGACGUGUUGAGCGACGCGAGACCAACGAGUGCUUGCCGAGAGCGCGACCGAGCGAUGAAUUAUCUAAACAAUAUUACGGGUGGCUCAACGACCACCGACCCAGGCCUCCAGCUGAAUAACGUCGAGAUUCUUUACACGAAGAUACAGAAGGUUUACAUCAAGCCGCAGCAUAAGGAGGAACGCCAGCGGGAUCUCAGAGUCAACGUGGAGAUUCACGCUGGCAUCAGUCCGGUUUGCCGCAAGAAUCUGUGUGUCUUGCUGGCUGACGACGACGACCCUUGUUUUCUUUAUUCUUUGUUCAUCACCGAAGAUGACUUCAAAGUGCUGAAAGCACAGCAGGGUCUGCUGGUUGAUUUCGAUAACUUUGCUACUCAGUUGAUAUGCUUGCUGGAGCAAUGUCAAAUUCCAGGUGCGAGCCUGUCGAAGACUCCGCCGAAGUUUCUCUUGCUCUUAGCAGAGGAGUCCGGAGAUUGGAACUUCAAGCUUGUGGAGACGAAUAAUUUCAAACAUCUCUGCCACUUGAGCUUGAACAUGUCACCUGCCAGUGAUUGCGACUUGAAAACGCACAUGGCGGUGAAGAUUAAGCAACUGAAGGAGAAUGCCUUGCAACAGAACAGGGAUGUGGUUGGUUUAGAAACAAGAUUAAACGAUUUGACGGGUAAACUGGAGGCAAAAACAAAAGAGCUGGACCAGUUGGAGCAAAAGUAUCUGACCGAGAAAAGUCAGAUACAAAUGAAUUCGUCACAGCAAAUAAGUAUUGAAAAGGACAGAUUGGCUCAAGCGCGGCUAGAAUGGCAACGACAGAAUGAGAAGGAGAAAAUGGAGGUUGAGCAGAGACAUUCGGAAACCGUGAAACAGUUGCACACUGAACUUGCCGAGUUACGAACGCAGAACAUGACGUACAAAGACAAGCAAUCCUUUUUGGAAGUUACCAAUUCGGAGCAAAUGAAACAACUGCAGAAUCUCGAGAAGGAACUCAAUAUCACCCAACGUGAUCUGACUUUACUUAAGAAUCAAAAUUCGAAAUUAGAUAUGGAUUACCAUGACAAGGAUAAAGCUGUCAACACCUUGCGCACGAAAGUAGCUGUGCUCGAACAAGAACUGAAGGACAAAAUGGUGAUCAUCAACAAGCAUAUAGAAAUGCUAAAGUCGGUCAAGGAACAGAAGCAGCACUUGGAGGAUCUCCUAUCCGAGAAAGACAUUCAAUUGCAGCGCAAGCAGAACUCCUUGAAGAGCUUGAGCGACGAGUUGGUGAAGGCCAAUGAAAUCCUAACGAAAUUGCAAAACGAGCUCACGUCGACCAAGUCCAAGCUGAAGCUGAGGACGAGCAUAGCGCUCGAACAAGAGAGACUGUUGGACGCCAAGCAGAAGGAGGUUGGCCAACUGGAAACCAAAAUGGAGGGUCUCGUCAGAGACGCGAAAGACGCGAAGAGUGAAGUGGACAAUUUGAAAGAGCAGAUCAAGACGCUGCAGCAUCAAUUGGAGGAGAAAGAGAAGAUCAUCAAAAAUAACGAUAACGUGAUCAACUGGCUGAAUCGGAGAUUGGCAGACAAUCAGUCGCCUCUGCAAAGUACCACCACUCCGGCUCCGGUGAUGAUCCCCACCUCCGUCCCGCUGACGUUACCCAGGACGAACAAGUUGUUCCCUAACCGAUACGAGACGCGUACACCGGCGCCCAGCACGACACAACCCAAUACGUUAACGGGGUUACCGUUGAAAAACCCUAUAGUGCAAAAUCCGAACAUUAACCAGACCACGCGCACCUCGGCUCGGUCGAUGGGUGUCGGUGUAACGGACAGUACGGUAGGAUUAACGACGUUCAGCAAGAGCGGCCAAAUCUCUAGCACCAGCACGCCCAUGGAGCGUUUCAAUUCGUUGAACAAAGUGCCGGGCGGAAAUCCGCCGGGUCCGGCGUCGGUGCCGGCUAUAAUCGAGAACAACAAUCCGACGGUGUCCUCGAACGGUACAAAAGCCAAGAGUACAAACGUCGGCUUGCAGGGCGGAUUGAGGAGGGCGGGUUUGUCCGACAAGCCGAUCUUACCCUCGGCGUAUUUUCCUAAAACCUUGCAUUGACACCGAAUGCCUGGCCCCUGAUUUCGUGACUGUUAACGACAGUGUCGUUAUCGUUGCGUCGUCGUUGCGCAGGUAUAUGUUAAAAACUACACAACGACACCAUAACGAUAACGACACGUCGUUAAAAGUAACAGAAUCGGUCUACUGGGCGAGAUUACCAAUGUAGAGACUAACGAGUCGGACUCGCGUCGGAGUACUUUAAGAAUCAAAACGUAGGAACGACAGAAGCACGAUAUUGCCAAGGGUAAAUAUCUCGCGUUUGUCGUCUUGGAGAUAGUACAAAUAGAAAUGUUAUGAAAACGAUAAGUAUUAUUGUAAGACACCUUUUGCGAAGUGAAUUUCCAGACAAUUCUUAAUCCUACAUUGGCACCGGUCCCAUGUGCGUUACGAAAAUGAUUUAUAUCAGUAUUCGACGCAUCCCGCUGCCAUUUCCCCUUCGGGGCCCUCCGAUUUUCUCUGUAAAAUAUCAAUCCGCCAAAUUGAAGCAACGGAUGUGUGACGUCGAUCUAAUCACGAUGUAUCAGUGUGGGAUUAAUAAUCGGGGAAAUUUAAUGAUAAAAUAAUAUAUAAUUAUAUGUAUAUAUAGCGCGGCACUAACAUACAUCGAUCUCGUUUUCAUGCGACAUCGAAUACGUGCGCGGAACGUCGCGAAAUGUAAUACUGUCGGAUAAAGAAAUGAUUCUUUUUAUGAAAAAUCGAAAAUAAAUCGAAAAUUAGAAUAGAUUUCUCGCAUAUAGGCAUAUCUAGCAGGAAAUUCUGCAUAUGAAUUCCAUAAUUCGUCAUAAUCACACUUUUAUUGCAAUUCGAUUCAGCAUUGUUGUAAUUAUAAACAAUAUUUUUUUUAACGUAUAUAAAUAUUUCACCUCAUAAAGAACGUCCCGGAUAAAAUUGAGACUUACAUUGAAGCAUAAUAUAUACUGAUAUUUAUAGGUUGAGCAUUUCAAUUUAUGACAUCUGUAACUUAUUUAAUUUAUAAUGUUCAAUUUAUAUAACUAAACUCUCUUGUGUUGCAUAAUUCUGAAUUUAAAUUUGUUCUUAAAACAAUCGUAAAUUGUAGACGACCUGUGCCAAAUAUUGUUGGAAAGUGGACGUAACUUUUAUAAAUGAUAAAUUCGGGACAAGUAGAAUUAAAUAGUUAAAAAAUCGACAUAGCACAAUUUUUCAACUUAUCAUUCGAUCGAUCGCUAAUACUUAAUU